UGCUAAGGCCGAACCGUACUUCGAAGCGUGUCGCGAUCGCACCACAACCAACUCUGUGGCAAGUCACCAUUUCUCAUUUGCCUCGCCAUGGCCUACUACUCGGAAGUGUUUGCCCACAUCGACCCGAUCCCGUUUGCGAGCGUCGCCUCGUCGUUCGCGCUCGACGACGUCGAUGUCUUUCACCUCUUCUCCGACGAGCAGCCCUUUGUCAAGCUCGAGGAGUUCGCGGCACCUUUUUUCUUUGAUGACUCGCUCCUCGGCCCGCUCGCGUACACCCCGCCGCUGCCGCCCACCAACUGGACACUUAGCUUCAACGCCCCCGCACCGUCGAAGGCGCCGUCCAUGGCCUACCGCAAGCCGUGCUCAGUUGACGGCUGCCACCGCGUCGUGCGGUCGCGUGGCUUUUGCAAGCGCCAUGGCGGCGGUCGGCAGUGCGUUAUCGAAACGUGCUCGAAAGAAGCCCAGAACGGCGACUACUGCGUCGGCCACGGCGGCGGCAAGUCGUGCAAGGUCGAUGCUUGCACAAACGCCGCGCAGUCCCAAGGUCUCUGCAAGGCGCACGGCGGCGGCGCGCGCUGCAAGUACAACGGCUGCGACAAAUGUAGCCAAGGCGGUGGCUACUGCCGCUCGCACGGCGGCGGCAAGCGCUGCCUCGAGCCUGGCUGCACGAAAGGCGCCCAGCGCGGCAACAAGUGCGCCAAGCACGGCGGCUGCCGGACAUGCACCGUCGACGACUGCGUGCGCACGGACCGCGGCGGCGGCCUCUGCGAGAUCCACCGCAAGGACAAGAUGUGCACUGUGACCGGUUGCAAGCGCCUCGGCAAGACCAUGGGCAUGUGCACGCCGCACGUGCGCGAGCUCCGGAGCUCGGGCUCGCCAGAAUAGAUUUCUCAGAGCUAUUUAUUGUACCAUUCACACAGUGUAAUCUAUCUUCCUCCGCUUUUCCUUCGCACUCGCG